AUGUCGCGCCCUGAGGAUACUUUGCCUCCGGACCUUUUUUACAAUGACAAUGAAUCGCGAAAGUAUACCAAGUCCUCACGAAUUCGCAACAUUCAGGCAAACAUGACCAACCGAGCUCUGGAACUUCUUGAUCUGAAGUCCCCAUCCUUUAUUCUCGAUGUUGGAUGUGGCUCUGGUCUUUCCGGCGAAAUUCUAUCCGAAGUACCUCCCGAUGAAGGUGGCCCGCACACAUGGAUCGGCAUGGAUAUUUCACCCAGCAUGUUGGAUGUGGCCCUACAACGCGAAGUGGAUGGUGAUUUGUUCCUCGCCGAUAUUGGACAGGGUGUGCCUUUCCGUCCUGGUGCGUUCGAUGCGGCAAUCAGUAUUAGUGCCAUCCAGUGGCUCUGUAAUGCGGAAUCCAGCGAUGUUACCGCCGAAGGUCGUCUGCGUCGCUUUUUUGAGGGUCUUUACGCUAGUCUACGUCGAGGUGGUCGCGCAGUCUGUCAAUUUUACCCGAAGAACGAUACCCAGCGGAGUAUGAUCAGUGGAGCUGCCAUCAAGGCUGGCUUUGGUGCGGGUAUCCUUGAGGAUGACCCCGGUACCAAGAGCAGUAAAUUGUACUUGGUUCUGACCGUUGGUGGUGGUGGGCUUCCUGGUGAUAUCACUGGUGUGGUGAACGGCAUGGACGACGUCAACGUCCUGGAUGCUCGACGAAAGGCCACCGAGAUCAACAAUGCGCGAGGACCCCCUCGCAAGGGCGACAAGGCUUGGAUUUUGAACAAAAAAGAACAGAUGGCGAGAAAGGGCAAGGUUGUCAAGCCUAGUUCCAAAUUCACCGGCCGCAAACGACGCAUCGUUUUCUAG